AUGACGCAGACGCCACCGCCACAGCAGCAGCAGCAGGGGAUGCUGAUGAACACUCCUCCGGGAAACGUCACCACCGAGCAGAUUCAGAAGUACUUGGAUGAUAACAAGAAGUUGAUCAUGGCUAUCCUGGAGCAUCAGAGUGCCGGGAAGUUUGCUGAAUGUUCCUCUUUGCAAAACCAGCUACAACAGAACCUGAUGUACCUAGCUAAGAUUGCUGAUGCUCAGCCACCACCACCACAGCCGCAAGGGACGACACCGCCACCAAAUGCUCAGAUGGCGUCGGUGCAACAAGAGCAGCAGCAGCAACAACAACAACAACACUACAUGCAGGCAUCACAAGGUCAAAUUGAAUGGCCGCAGCAACAGCAACCAAUGUACCUUCAAGCUCCUCGGCAUCCUUUUCAGAUGAACGACCCAAAGCAGCAGCAACAGCAGCAGCAGCAGCAGCAACAACAGCUGCAGCGCACCUAUCAGGGAUAG